UAGUGGAUAAAUUCUGUAUCGCGCUCAACGAUUACAAAACAAUCGGCCUCAUACGUCACUGAAUGUAGUCAAAAUGCGUGUCUGUGCACGUGUAGAGGUGUUGAGCCGAGAGGGUUUGCCAAUGUAAUGUAGACCGCUUUAUAUUUGCAGAAAGUAGACUUUAAAUGGCGCGAGGAAGGGCUCAGACAGACUCAACUGCUUCGAAGCAGGCGAAGAAUGUCAAUUCAAAGAAAAGACCGAAUGAAGAACCUCCUCAAACACUCUCCAAAAAGCUCAAAGCCAAACAGCAAGGCAAGACAGCAUCAAAAACGGACACCUACAUACAAGCAAGUGUGAAAUGGACUGGAAGUCAAAAGAAAGUGGGCCAAACAAGUAUCCUUCACUACAUUUACAAAAGCUCCUUGGGACAGAGCAUCCAUGCUCAACUGCGCCAGUGUCUGCAAGAGCCUUUCGUACGCUCACUUGGAACCUACAAACUUCACCGCACAGCCAGUCCCUUCGAUCGGAGAGUCACUUGUCUGGAAUGGCAUCCCACCCAUCCCACUACUGUUGCAGUGGGUUCCAAGGGUGGAGACAUCAUCCUGUGGGAUUACGAUGUGCUGAAUAAGAGAACUUUCAUACAGGGGAAGGGAGCUGGUGACUUUAUUGGGGAGAUGAAGUUCUGCCCCACAGAUGUGUCCAAAAUCUUUGUCGCUUCUGGUGAUGGCACAAUCAGCGUGCAGAGUUUUGAGGGCCUCCAAAGUCAGAUAUUGUCUCGAACCCCAGACUGUGGCCAUGACCACCAUGAUCUUUGUUACUGGUACUGCUGUGUGGACGUGUCCGUUAGCCGUCAGAUGCUUGCGACUGGGGACAGCACUGGAAGACUUCUCCUGCUUGGCCUGGAUGGACAUGAGAUUUUCAAAGAGAAGCUGCACAAAGCCAAGGUGACCCAUGCAGAAUUCAACCCUCGCUGUGACUGGCUGAUGGCAACAUCCUCUGUUGAUGCUACGGUCAAGCUGUGGGACCUACGAAAUAUUAAAGACAAAAGCAGUUAUAUCGCUGAAAUGCCUCAUGAGAAACCUGUCAAUUCUGCGUAUUUUAAUCUGACAGACAGCACCAAGCUCCUUACUACAGACCAGAGGAACGAGAUCAGAGUAUAUUGUUCAUAUGACUGGUCUAAACCUGAUCAAAUAAUUCUUCAUCCUCAUCGGCAGUUCCAGCACUUAACGCCCAUCAAGGCAACCUGGCAUCCCAUGUAUGACCUCAUUGUGGCUGGCCGUUACCCAGAUGAUCAAGUAUUAGUCAAUGACAAGAGAACUAUUGACAUUUAUGAUGCCAACAGUGGUGAUCUUGUGCACCAGCUGAGAGACCCCAAUGCUGCUGGUAUCAUAUCUCUCAACAAGUUCAGUUCAAAUGGGGAUGUGCUGGCUUCUGGAAUGGGCUAUAACAUUUUAAUCUGGAACCGAGAGGACACGCUGAACAGUAUUAGUCGUAAACAGACAGCGGAGAGAGUGGAGGAGAGUGGAGGCAGAGCUGGAACCUCCAGAUCCCAGCGCAGCACCCAGCAGCGCACGAACAGAGGCGGAAGAGCAGCUGCUGAUGAUGCCAAGCUCAAGAAAAAGCUGGCGUCAUUGUCUUCAACAGAGGCCAAGUCCAAGACCAAGACCAAGAGCAAGACCGAAUGCAAGACAUCAAAAUUGAAGAAAAAGUGAGAAAGAAUAUACUGAGCUUUAAGACUAGAUAUUUAGUGGAUCAGGUCUCAUUUGUUCUGUUCGUUUCAAUAUAUAAAUCCUGUAACGAUAAAAAUUAAAAUAAGGACUCGUUACCUUUUAUAGGACCUAAAAUAUGUAUAUUCUGUUCAAAAUAAACUUUUGUACUUUUUUACGUUAAAAAAA